AUGAGUGUCAGCUUCAAAUUUUAUUUUUCAGAAAGUGUAACUCACCUUCCAGAAGUCAAAGAUGGCAAGUGCGUCUUUCCAUUCUACUACAGAGAUGGACUCUUCCAUGACUGCGUCAAGUUCAAGGCAAAACACAAGUGGUGCUCUUUGAAUGGAACGUAUCGAGGAUAUUGGAAGUACUGUUCUGAAGAAGACUUCGCCAGAUGUGUGUUUCCCUUCUGGUACAGACACCUGAUAUACUGGGAAUGUACCAGCGACGGAGAUGCAUUUGGGAAAAUGUGGUGUUCGCUGACCCAGAAUUAUAACAAGGACAAGGUUUGGAAAUACUGUGAUUAAGGGUGAGAUCUGGCGGUGGGACGACGAAGAGGUUGACGCGUUCUCUCGGCAAAGGAGCUACCGUUUUGGUUGCCAGAAGAGGAGGUGAGACCCUCAUGAAAAAGAUUUUUCCUGAGAUGCGAGUGGAAGGUGAUCUGACUGUAAAUCAGUUGGGGGUUGGAUAAGGGACUAGGACAGUUCGCUAUGGAAACCUGUAUUUUAGCCUCGGCCCUUUUACUUGCUAACUGUGUCCCAUUAGGUCCCUAAAGAAAUGUAUGGAUUCUGGUGACAAAGAUGUGUCAACGCAGGUUCAGCGAGCGUAAUGAACUUUGGUCACGGGGGAGGCUGUGCGUGUGUUGGGGCACAGGCGGCCUGGGAAAUCUCUGUAUCUUCUGCUCGAUGUUGCUGUGAAACGCCAACUGCUCUGGAAAAUAAAGGCCAUUAAAAUGCAUUCCCUGCAUGAAUGAUGUUUUGAACAGAAAAGUGCGAAAACGCAGCUCCGCUAUGAACCCUGUGACGCAGGGGGUGAGGCUGGACGGGCUGCGUCCAUGGCACAAGACAUGGCUGUUUACCCCACGGUGGCAUCAUCAUUUUCUGGAUCCAUUCAGGAAAGAAGCAAGUUUUUUUGUUUGGGAGUCACGCCCCAGACACAGGGAAGUUCCUGGGCCAGAGAUCGAACCCACGCUG